UUGGGGGUGUUGUACUUAUGUCCGCCUUCUCGUCAUAUUACAACCUGUAUCUGGCCUGGCCCAUCUACUACAUGGUGAAAUCCUGCUCCAGCGUCCUGCCCUGGACAACCUGUGGCAACAGCUGGAACACCGGCCUGUGUGUGGAAACUGUGACUACAGCAUACACAACUAAUGUGACGGCUCUGUCAGACAAUGCAUCCGAUACAAUCACAACAGCUGAGUUGUGGGAAAAUGUGACUUUGGCUCACACACCAGCAGAGGAAUUUUGGCAGUACAAUGUACAGAGUGUCUCGUCCGGAUUAGAGGAUGUCGGGGGUGUGCAGUGGCACAUAGUCGGAUGUCUGUUUGGGUCAAUUGCUAUCGUCUUCCUGUGUCUUGUCCGUGGGGUCAAGUCUUCAGGCAAAUUUUGGCGGGAGACGGCGCCACCUGUCUCCCAGCCCCUCACACUCUCCUUCUUCGCCCUAGUGGACGACGACAUACUACCAUCCAGUGACCUGCCGGAGGCGUCUUCGGAAGAUGGGCGUGGGGUGAAGUCCGCCAUUACGUCGAAGAAAAGAUCUUCUACGUCGGACAACUCCUCAACCCAUACGAAGAAGAAGAAGAGGUCAUCUUCGUCGCAGAAAAAGCCAUAUACUACUAGGGCUUCAACGAGAUCUACUGGGGUCUCAUCGCAGACUACUAGAACGUUCUCGACCGAGAUCGUCCCGAUGGAAGAAAUAGGCUUAUAUGAAGAAACGCCUAUCCCCAUCCCAGAGAUUCUGCAUAAGAAGAAGACGCAGGCCUCAGCAAAGGUAACGUCAGCAACAUUAUCAACGCAGUCUGAGUUACCCUCUACACUGGCAGCAGGUACCCAUGAGGUACAGCGAUCCCUGGACCAUAUCGCUACCCUAUCAGAUGUGUCAUCUCUACAAUCAUCGCAGACAUUCAACCCCGGGACCUUCAUAGAGCAAUUCUCCCAACAGAUGAUGGUCCUGAUGGAGAAGCGCUUCGCGCAGGAAAGGACCUUGCAUGAUGGUCAGGCCACCUACAUCACAGAGGAAGAAGCUUACACCUCCAAGAAGAUACAGAGAGACGUCUCAGGACUCAGACCUUCAACUAGAUCUCUCACCUGCGCGAAAGUCGUUGUGUAUGUGACCGCGCUUCUGCCGUACGUUCUUCUCAUCUCCAUCUUCAUAGUGACGCUGUUUCAACCAGGUGCUCUUGAUGGAAUAAUUUUCUACGUCGUACCUGACUUCGCAAAACUACUCGACUUACAGGUAUGGAUAGAAGCGUGUCUGCAGGUGUUCUACUCGCUUGGACCUGGCUACGGGUCAGUUGGAACAGCAGCAAGCUACAAAACGUUCCGUCGACCAUGUCUCAGAGAUUGCUUGAUAUUGUCCAUAAUAUCAGAGGGAACCAGCAUCUUUUCUGGCCUGGUAACAUUUGCUGUUCUCGGGUCGAUGGCACAGAAAAUUGGUGUUCCUAUUGCAAAGGUAGUUUCAACAGGUCCAGGUUUAGGAUUUGUAACGUAUCCAGAAGCUCUGGCCCAACUUCCUCUUCCUCAGCUGUGGUCGUUCUUGUUCUUUCUGAUGUUGCUGAUGGUUGGUUUGGAUUCGCAGUUCCUGGGGAUGGAAGUAGUCAUAACUGCUCUGGUAGAUGAGUAUCCACGGCAGCUAGGAAAGAGGAGGCUGCUUGUAACAGGAGGAUGUUGCCUGAUACUCUUUCUUUUUGGAAUCGUCUUCUGCACGCAGGGAGGCCCGUACAUGUUCCAGCUGGUAGACUGGUAUGUAGCUUCGCUGGGACCUAUGGUGUUUUGCACACUGGAGUGUGUUGCCGUCAUGUGGAUAUAUGGGGCAAAACGAUUCAGCAGUGACGUGGAGAUGAUGACUGGAAAACAUCUUUCACCGGCAGUUAAGGUUCUCUUGGCGUUUGUUACUCCGGCAAUCUUGUUGAUAGUUUUCACCCUUACAACUAUCAGCUACCAGGCACCGACCUAUGGCAAGUACGUGUUUCCCAGCUAUGCCAAUAUAAUCGGUUGGUGUUUCGCCGUGAUGCCUCUUCUCCCUCUACCGGUCGUCAUGAUCAUUACUGUCAGAAAACAUAGGGCGACGGGUUCUCUGAAGAAGAGUGUGAAACUGGCCUUGCAGCCUGAUAAGGAUUGGUGCCCUGCAAAUGCCAACUACAAGGAGGCCCACAUGAUAAAUCAACAGACACAAAGACACACCUUCAAGGACAACAUCUGUGACGUGUUUAAGUAACCGGCCAUGAAAGUUCUAACCUAAAAGCAUAUUAGUCCACUAGGUAGUUCAUUAGACCUCACACCAUAUAGAUAGUUUACAUCCCGUCGAUCUACAGGUCUGUUAUACCUACAUACGUUUAUAACUAAUUGUUCAUGUAAGUAUGUGUGUGUGUGUUCGUGCGAUUUAUUGGAAGCACAAACUUAUUCAAGUUAUUAAUCUGACAUUGUAUUCUUUAGUAUUAUUGAUUAAAAAAUGAAUGAUCUCCUUUAUAACAGGAAUACUGAUAGGUUACCUGUGUGAGAAAUUUAAUUUACUUAAGUUUGUAGUUGACAUUAGUGUUGAAUCCGAUAUAUCCCUUUAUUCUUGCUAAAACAUACACGCAUUUUAUAAUUGAGAUAUACUGGUGGAAUCCGAUAUCAAGACUUCAAGAUAACAAUAACUAUCGGGCCCGUUUUUACGAGAUCGAAACAUUGACUGAUAGACGGACAUUGAUAUCCACAGGUGUCCAGUAGAGUGACUGUGGCAUGUCUUAAAGUUUACAUUACAACAGGUAAAUAAAUCAAGUAAUCAAACUGUUAUAACAUAUUCUACCAUGACUUCAGUAAAAUUAAUACUGGAUUGUGAUUGGUUAAUUAAAGUCCUCCAGAGGUA